AUGCGUGAAGGGAUUUACCUGCAGACGAAGAACGGGAACCUGCGGAGGCCUCCGCACCCCGUGGUGCUGCAGUGGAUCGCGGAGGCUUGGGAUCAAGUCCCCAAGCAGAUCAUCAUCAACGCGUUCCGCCACUGUGGGAUCUCAAGCAAGCUGGACGGAACGGAGAACCACCUGGUGAUGUCUCACCUGCGCGCCAGGAGCACCACCGAUGUCUCCGCGGACAUGUCCCUCGGGGGGACCACAGGCGACAACACGCGCCUGCUCGGUCAGGCUCCAGAGGAGGAGGAGGAGGAGGAGGAGGAGGAGGAGGAGGAGGAGGAGGAGGAGGAGGAGGAGGAGGAGGAGGAGGAGGAGGAGGAGGAGGAGGAGGAGGAGGAGGAGGAGGAGGAGGAGGCGAUGCAGGCGGAGGGCGUGCGGGAGGUGGCCGUGGCAACCGGCCUGGAGGUGCUGUACCAGGAGACCCCCAACUACCGCGGAGCGGCGGCCGAGGCUGACCGCAUGAUCGAGCCUAGGGAGACGGCUAGGCAUGCCUGGCGAGUGCCAGACCUGGGUGUAGAGCCUGUUGUUAGUGCAGGUGAGGAGGCGGUGACUGAGGGGGGUUAG